UAUAUCAGCCAUCUCCGGGCCAAACCUUGCCUUGAUGGGAGACUCCACUGAAAUAAGGGAAAUAACGCCCAGGCUGGAUUUUAACUCGAAUUUCUUAAUAAAGAGAGGAACUGGAUUAGGGAAGUUUUGACAGGACCCACCAUGUCCGACAAACCAGAUUUUGCAGAAAUUGAAACAUUUGACAAGACCAAGCUGAAGAAGACAGAAACCAGAGAGAAAAAUCCACUGCCCACUAAAGAAACUAUUGAACAGGAAAAGCAAAGUGAAAGUACAGCCUGAGUAUAAAAUUGAAGAUGUGACUGCUGCUUCUUCAGUGGGGUUUUGGCUUCUGAGUUGGACUGUUGUUUUAUUUUGUCCCUCCCACCCCAUAUUUGUUGCCCAUUUAUUUUAGGAAACAUUUGUUCAUUUAAUGUUCCCUGGAGAAGUCUGUUUUGUGUUUGUUGAAGAAGAUACUAUGUAUUUGUAUUCUUAAAAUUAUAAUUCCAAGUUCUGUAUCAACUCCAUUACUUGGCAAAAAAAAAAAAGCAAUUUGCAUAAAAAUUGUUUUCCUAAACCUCACAAUAAACAGGUUUCUUCUGA